UGAUGAAGAAGGAGUUCACCCUGGAGUUCUCUCGUGAUCGCAAGUCCAUGUCUGUCUACUGCACCCCUGUCAAGCCCGGGUCCCAGAGCAAGAUGUUCAUCAAGGGUGCGCCCGAGAGUGUGAUAGAGCGGUGCGAGUACGUACGGGUGGGAAACAGAAAAGUGACGCUGACACCAGCCGUGCGCGACCAGCUCAUGUCUAAGAUCAGAGAAUGGGGGACGGGCAAGGACACCCUGCGCUGCCUGGCGCUGGCUACGCACGAUACUCCGCCACGCAAGGAAAACAUGGAGCUGGAGAAUUCCAGCAAGUUUGCAGAAUAUGAGCUGGGGCUCACAUUUGUUGGCUGUGUGGGCAUGCUCGACCCACCCAGGAAGGAAGUGAUCGGUUCAGUGAAACUGUGCAACGAGGCAGGUAUCCGUGUUAUCAUGAUCACAGGGGACAACAAGGGCACGGCCGUGGCCAUCUGCAGACGGAUCGGCAUCUUUGAAGAGGACGAGGACGUGACGAGAAAGGCCUAUACAGGCCGCGAGUUUGACGAUCUACCGCAGGAGGUGCAGAGAGACGCCGUCAAACGGGCACGGUGCUUUGCCCGCGUGGAGCCGGCUCACAAGUCCAAGAUCGUUGGAUACCUGCAGUCGUUUGACGAGAUUACAGCCAUGACAGGUGAUGGUGUGAACGAUGCCCCGGCCUUGAAGAAGGCAGAGAUCGGCAUCGCCAUGGGAUCCGGUACAGCUGUGGCAAAGUCAGCGUCUGAGAUGGUGCUGUCUGACGACAACUUCUCCACCAUCGUAGCUGCUGUGGAGGAGGGCAGAGCCAUCUACAACAACAUGAAGCAGUUCAUCAGAUACCUCAUCUCCUCAAACGUGGGAGAAGUCGUGUGCAUCUUCCUGACAGCCAUCCUGGGUCUGCCUGAGGCUUUGAUUCCAGUCCAGCUGCUGUGGGUUAACCUGGUGACUGAUGGCCUGCCUGCCACCGCCCUGGGCUUCAACCCCCCAGAUUUGGACAUCAUGGAUAAACCACCCCGCAACCCUAAGGAGCCACUCAUCUCUGGCUGGCUCUUCUUUAGAUACCUGGCCAUUGGAGGAUAUGUGGGUCUGGGAACAGUGAGUGCAGCCACAUGGUGGUACCUGUUUGAUGAGGAGGGCCCACAAGUGUCUUUCUAUCAGCUGCGACAUUUCAUGCAGUGCACUGAGGACAACCCCAUGUUCAAAGAAAUAGACUGCGAGGUGUUUGAAUCUCGCUACCCCACAACCAUGGCGCUGUCUGUGCUGGUCACCAUCGAAAUGUUCAACGCGCUCAACAGUUUGUCUGAGAACCAGUCCCUGCUUAGGAUGCCUCCCUGGGUCAAUAUUUGGUUGCUGGGAGCAAUCAUCCUCUCCCUCUCCCUCCACUUCUUAAUCCUCUACGUUGAGCCUCUGCCACUCAUCUUCCAGGUGACCCCUCUGCGUUGGUCCCAGUGGAUUGUGGUCCUGAAGAUUUCCUUCCCAGUCAUCCUACUGGAUGAGGCUUUGAAAUAUUUAUCCAGGAACCAUCUGGAAGGUGAUGAGGAGAAGAAGUAUCGGAGGAGAUGGCAGCUGAACUAAGACCUCUCCCUCAACACACUCACACAGUUAGACACACAGCUACCCUCUUCCCAUUUUUGAGCUAGGAAACGUUUCUCUCCCCUGCCCUCGUUCCCCACUUCUGCAUGUCCAACAAACCACCACUAGAAAUGAGGGGUGGCUUGCAUGAGAAUGAGUGUGAGAAAGCGAGAGCGCUUGUGCUCCUGCAAGCAUGGCUUUGUGCGAGUGCGUGUUGUGUGUGUGUGUGUGUGUGUGAGGACACAGAUGGAUGCAGACCUGUCUUUAUAGUUGCAAGAGCAAGAAACAACUGCAGAAAAGAAAAAUACAACUGGGCUCUGCUUUUUAAAGGUUUCUGCUCAUCUUUUUGUUGUCUGUACAGUACAAACAUAGUGGUGGACUUCUGGGGGGAGAGGGGAGGAUGGGGGAACAGACAUUGAUAAUACUGGGUGGGGUGGGGGUGGGAGUUUUAAAAUCAACACAGAGACCGAAAGAGAGACUGAGAGGAGAAGAAUCAGAUGGACACACUGACAAAAAAGCAAAAGCAUCAAGGAAAGGACGAGGAAGGUGAGAACAGCCUGGAGGCGCUGUGAGGAGAGAGCCACGGUACCCACGCGUGUCCACAGAAGCAUCAUUACCAGGAGGCGCUGCCCAGGCUUCUGCCAUCACACUACUGGCAGUGAAUUCCAGCCAACUCUGGCCUUAUCAGCACAACACAUCUGUAUCUCUGGCCAGUUUGUCACAGCGCUGCUCCUUCAUCACUCCUCUGUCGUUUAUGCUCAGUUCCUCUCCUUCGGCCUGUCUCUGCUCUCUCUUUGUCUCUUUCUCGCUCUCUGUGUGAGGAGGCAGCUGUGGGCCCGGGGUCGUGACUCUGUCGGGCUCUUUGGUGGGGUUGGGGUGCGGAGGUGUCGCUCCGCCUAAAGGUGUGAAUAGCUUUACGCUGCUUGGCUGCUUCCUUUGGCUCUAAAUUCGAGGGGCUGAGGUCGGCUCACACACUGGGCAAAGAAACGAAAUUUUAAAAAGUCAAACAGCAACCAAACCAGCAUAUCAGUAGAGUAGUUGUGAUCCAGCCCACUCAGCUGGCCCUCUUUAGCUUCACUAUAAUGUCCUUCUGCUUCUUUGCUGCCACUCGAAAAUCUCUGCGAGUCAUUUCAUGUAAAGGUUAAAGGUGGACGGGAAACUGAUGCUUCAGGAUUCCUGCGUCAUGCCUUUAAUCCGCUGUGUCACACCCUGAACCAGCGCUGAGGUGUGUGUGCGUUAUAGCCUUACUUGAAUAAAGUUGUCUAAUUUGAUGUGAUAGGCUUUUCCCCCCCGUCUGAAUCGCACAAACGAUGUAGUUUAAAGUAAGUUAGAGAAGUAAGUGGCUCGUCCCAGCGUCACGUGGACAUUAACAGUGUAGAUAUUAAGCACAUCCAUGCCUUACACAGCCCACUGCACCUCCACAUUAAACAUGUGGUCCCGAUGAAUGUGUUUGCUGACCUUUAAUGAGCUCGUUACCCAUCACUACCACUUUGCACUCGCGUGGCCGGACCGUGAUUCUCACACUGAUCAUGUGAAGUCUUAAAGACUCUGAAUGUGGCGUGUUUUUUGGUUUUCUUGUUCUGCUUUGUGCGCUGCUCCCUCAGCUCCUCCUGCUUUCUCAGUGCUAUAGCAUUUCAUUUGGGUGUUUUAUAAUUCUUAAUAAUAAUAAUGUGUUUGACUGAAUGAACCCGCAGGGUUUGGAUUGUGUCUUUUAAGUCUUAAUUCUGGGUUUUGUGUGGGGCCCUGGUGCUCUGUGGACGGGGUCGGCUGUGUUUUUGGACUCUUAUUGCUUCCACAUGCUGCAGAGAAGAGCGUGUACACAUUUUUAAAAAGUCUUUGAAUAGGUGGAAUAAAAAUGGGAAUCUGCACACUGUGUCCCUCAUACUUAUUAAAGCAAUGAUAUGUUGUGGCUGUUGUGUGUUUAAAGGUAGAGCUGCAGUGAUUGGUUAAAAACACUGAAGCACUACAGCCAUUAAAAAAACAAACACUUUGAAGUUGAGCUGAGCUCCCCUUCGAGGUCAUCUUGUCGUGUACCUCAGUCCCUGGAGGUGCUCUUCUGACCACUUGUAUGUGGUCAUAUACAUGUGGUGAUGAGAGGUAAUGGUGAUCAUCUGAAGGAGGACGGUAAACAACGUGAGCUGAGGCUCGUGCCGCCGCUCACCUUAGAAGCGUUUUGGCCGUGCAGACUUUGGGAGCUGUCUAAAAACAGCAGCUGGGUAGAAAUGAGUGGAGGUAAACCUCAUCCUGGAGCAGGAGCUCUGCAACACAGUCAUCUUCUUUGUGUUCUGACCAAAAAAUUACUAUAUUCAGCAGACCUGGUAUAUUAAAAAUGGCUUUUACUUGCAGCACGGGACUUGAGGUUUGUUUCAUUUUUUUUUUAAUUGAACUGGGAGUUAUCAACACAGUGUGCAGAUCUUUUCCCCCUUUCUCCUUUUCAGACAGCAUUUCAAACCCAGUACUUUUUUCAGUGUGAUGCAGAAAAUUUACCCUUCAACACAAUCCAUCCAGUCUGCAGCUGUUGACUGUGGCGUAUGCAGCUGUGCUACGCACUCGUUUUGUUGCUUGGUGAUGGGGUUGUUUUUUUCUCGCUCCAGGGAAUAGCUCGCCAAAGUAUAGAUGUUUCCAGUUUCGCAUGCUCUCUGGGGUCAUUCUUGGAAUGCACAGUAGGAAACUGACUUAAGUAGACGAGGCAAAUUAAAACAAAUACACUAUAAAGUUUGUUAAAACACCUCACCAGUUUUAAUAUCUAUCUAUAUAUAUUAAAAAAAUAGGUUUUAAGAGCAGACUAGUCCUUUAACUAUAGACCACAAGCUGGAUUGUGACUAUACUUGACACAAAGCAGCCUUUAUGUUAAGGUUGAGCUUUUCAUGAUUUCCCGUCACCACCGUGUGAAUGUGGCACCUCUUUCCAGACCAGCAGAUUCCACAUCCCUGUCCCAGAUCUCCAAGGCUCUGUAACAUGCUGGCACGAUAGGUCUGCGUAGCCUUGUUAUUUACUACUGAAUCCUCAACUCUGUACAGACGCUGAGAAAACGAUCGCAUGGAACCUUGUUACUGUAAUAAUAACCUAUACAGUAUAUAAUAUUUAAUUUUUUUGAUAACUUGCAUCAAUGAAAACCUACUUACAACAAGAGACGGACUUACAAGACUUCCUGUUUUUCUUUUUCUUUGGAGCACAUGGUAUCUAAGGACCUUUGUUUCUUGUCUGUUUUGGUUUAUUUGUUUCCUUGUAGAAUAGAAAGGUUGUUUCUUCAUGUUUCCAUUUGGUUUUUACACUUGUGGGGUUUUGUGUCUUUUACUGUAGGGAGAAGAAUAUGAUGAUAUCGUGUUUAGGAUAGACGAGAUUAACGCUUACGCUAAUAAGUGGCAAUGACAUGGAACAUUUCAGUGAUAGCUAGCUGGUGUGAGGAUACUCAAGAAAUUGUGAACGAACAGUGUCUGGUUUACACUGAGCGAUAAGCAGUGAUGAAUCCUGGGAUAUGAAGUUUCAUGAGUGUACAUUGAAGGGCUUGGUGGUGAUGCAGGCUCUAGAGACCCCUUUCAGAUCUGGGACGUUGCAAAGCUCUUCCAGCUUGGUACUCCGAGUCCUCCGCAGUCUGUAAAAGGCUAACCUCCUUUACUAACAGUGAAGGAGCGAUCGGGUUGAGAUGAUAACAGCUGACUAGUGAACGCGCCUCUAGAGCCUGACCUCCACCUCUGAGAAAUUAAAAGGAUUCUCUGUGUUGCCUUGUUAAUAUUAAUUGUGGACACAUAAUUUUAUAAAUGACAAAGACGUGGAAAUAAAGAUUAUUUAUCUUGUUAUUUAUUCA